GAGCAACUUAAGAACCUGAAAAAGAAACAUCAAUAAACAAAAACAUGUUAACUCGAGUUAGAAAUUUAAUAAAGCUUUCAAGAGUUUCACGCUCAAUUUGUCAAUCUUCUAUACAGUUCAGGAAAGAUGAGGCAGAGAAGGAAAUUAGUGGAUCAGCUUCUACGAAAUUUCAAGUGUUUAAAAAUGAGACCGGAAUAAUUUUUGAUAUUGAAGAAGAAAGAAAGAUUCUGGAAGAGAAUGAAAUUGAAGAAGAGGAGCAAUAUUCAUCAGCUUUUGAAGGAAUUAAUCUCAAUCGUGGGAUAACUGGAGUCUUCGAUAUUCAAGAUCUUGUUGAAGUUCUUCGAAAGGAAAACGCAAGAGACCUCUUCGUUGUCAAAGUACCAUCAGAAAUAAAAUAUGUUGAUUACAUAUGUCUUGUCACUGGAUUCAGUUAUCGUCAUAUGUUAGGAAUGGCUCAUUUUGCUCGAAAAUGUUAUAAAAUGAAACGAGGUCCUGGAGAUAUAAUACCAAAAAUUGAAGGCGAAAAAUCAAAAGAUUGGAUUGCUAUGGAUUUAGGAAACAUUGCACUUCAUAUAUUUUCUAAAAGUUGUCGAGAGAAUUACGAUCUUGAGUCACUUUGGUGUUUAGGCGAAGAGUAUGAAAAAAGAAUAAGAGGUAAAAGCGAAAAGGAAAAUAUUUAUCAGCAAUAUUUAGAUGCAGCAAAUAAACUAAAAAAGAAUAACGAAGAGACAGAAUUAAAUGUUAACGAAAUCAUCAUAAAACGAGAAUAAAAUUUUCUUAUUAUAAAUUAGAAUAAAAUAUAAAAUUUAACGGAAAAUAAAAUUUUAAACUGAG